CGACAUACUAGGCUACAGCAGGACCAUGCGAAAGAAGGCGCUUAUGAGAGCGAAUACAGAUAUAUAGCCUACAAUAUUUUAAAAAUACUUUUUUUUAUUUUUUUUUUUAUAAAACGGUAUGAAUAGUUGUAUUAUCUACUAACUGAAUGUUGGAUCUGCCCUAUUUUGCGUAAACGUGCUUCCUGACUGUAAUAGGCUAGAGAUCAUCAUGGUGGCUGGCGAGUUGGUACAGGAGCAUCUGCGACGUGACAACGCACCUGACGAAACAGACUUCUCAUGCAAGAGCUCGGUGCAUAACGGGGCAGUCCCAACCGGGGAUCAGUACUCCGUUCUAACGAAAGGAUCGGCACAUCUGACAGAACUGGACUCGAAGGCGUUGGAACAGGAGAUCCCUCCAGAUGAGAAGCAGGCUAUGCUUCCUGGAGAGGAAAAAUGUCUCGAAACGAAGCUCUAUUGGAGAAGAUUCGCCGUUUUAGCUGUGUUCAGCCUCUACUCCCUCGUCAACGCAUUUCAAUGGAUCCAGUACAGCAUCAUCACCAACAUUUUUACCCACUUCUACAAUGUAUCCAGUGACAAGAUCGACUGGCUGUCAAUUGUAUACAUGGUCGCGUAUGUGCCUUUGAUCUUCCCCGCAACAUGGUUACUGGAUAAAAAAGGACUGAAAUUGACAGCCCUUAUGGGCGCGGGUUUGAACUGCGUCGGUGCUUGGGUGAAAUGCGCCAGCGUCCGGUCAGAUCUGUUCGGUGUGACAAUGACCGCACAGAUAAUAUGUUCCAUAGCCCAAGUCUUCAUCCUCGGGCUGCCCUCUAGGAUUGCAUCAGUGUGGUUUGGCCCGAAGGAGGUGUCUACUGCAUGUGCCACUGCCGUGUUGGGUAACCAGCUGGGCACUGCCAUUGGCUUCCUGCUUCCACCUGUCCUGGUCCCCAACACUGUGGAAGACAUAGACUUGAUGGGACACAAUAUCAGCAUUAUGUUUUAUGGGACAGCUGUAGUCUCCACUGCUCUCUUCAUCAUGACUGUAAUUGUCAUGAAAGACAGACCCUCACUACCUCCCAGCAAAGCUCAGGCUGUCCUGCCUGACUGUGCUCCUGAAGACUACUCCUACAGACAGUCCAUCAUCAACCUGUUCAAGAACAAACCUUUCAUCCUACUGCUCAUCAGUUAUGGUAUCAUGACUGGUUCUUUCUACUCUGUGUCAACACUUCUCAAUCAGAUGAUUAUGGCUUGUUACAAGAACCAGGAACUGAAUGCAGGCAGGAUUGGUCUCACCCUUGUGGUGGCUGGAAUGGUGGGCUCCAUCAUCUGUGGACUGUGGCUGGAUCACACCAAAACCUACAAAAUGACCACUUUGAUUGUCUACAUCCUGUCCUUCAUUGGUAUGCUGGUGUUCACCUUCACUCUGGACCUCAACAGUAUCUACCUGGUGUUCUUCACAGCCGGUGUGCUGGGGUUCUUCAUGACUGGUUACCUGCCGCUUGGCUUUGAAUUUGGGGUUGAAAUUACGUAUCCUGAAUCUGAAGGGACAUCUUCUGGUCUUCUUAAUGCAUUUGCACAGAUCUUUGGGAUUAUUUUCACAUUGAUCCAGGGAAGACUAACAACAAACUACAACCCCCUGGUUGGGAACCUGUUCCUCUGUGUCUGGAUCUUCCUGGGCAUCUUUCUCACAGCCUUAAUCAAAUCAGAACUGAAAAGAAACAACGUCAAUAUGGGCAUGGACAGAAAAGCUCUUCAAGCAGUCCCUACCGAGUGCGCUUCAGACAAGCCAACCAAUGGCGUCAAGAUGGAAACUUCAGUCAGCUUUUCCCAUGAGACCUCACUUUAAUCCAAAUAGAACAGGGGGGGGUCAAGUCGCUCAACACUCUACUGAACAUUUCAGAGGCCUACAACGCAUUCAACAAAGUUUCCUGAGGUUACUUGAAAUCUCAUUUUCUUUGGAUUGUAUACUGUAAUGUGUUAUUAUAAUGUUUGUACUGCAAUGGUUUUAGCCAAGCCAUGAUUUGUUUACAGACAGGUAUACUAUAAGCACACCUUUUAACUUCCAAUAGUCCCCUCCUUGUUUUGCUUGAUGAUCCACUUCUGUCUCUAUAAUUGUCAUCAUCUCUGGUUCAUAAAGUGGUGCUUAUUUAAAUUUAUUUAAGGCAUUAUACAGAACCACACAGGAAAUAUAAUGUAGGAUCUCUGACCUGCCUUAGCCUGUGAGGAAGAACAUUGUUAUCAUUAUGGUGAUGUUAUUAUUGUGAUGCUGCAUUAUGUAAUUACAUGACAAUGCAGUUUAACAGUGUCGGUUUUGUUCUCUACGACAUGUCAGCCAUACAAAUAUGGACCAAAUAUGACGCACUAAAGUGCACAAUGCAUAUGACAAAUGUGCAACAUGUACAAUCUACAUUUCAGUGUAUUACUUACAUGCAUGCUUUUGAAAGUGUUAAAAUGUUGAUAACUUUGUUGAAUACAUGGCACAGAUAACAGUUCUGCCGAGAUAAGUAGCUAAUGGUAUAGCAGUGCCACCCAGAGGGAUAUUGUGGAAAUACUAAGAAAGCUGUGUGGAUGAUGAAGCACAAACAGGAGUGAUAAUGACUGCAGCAUUACAAUUCAAACAUCUCCAAACCUUUACAGGGGAUUAUAUAGCUCAAACUGUGUCUAUAAGGACUAUGCACAGUAGCCAUUUCCCAGCACAUCUCUAAACCGCUAUAUUUUGGCUCUUGUAUUUCUCUUGUUUUAACGGGAAUAAUUCAUCUCAUCCAAUUAAUAAUCAGAAGAUCCAAUCCAUAGGCAUUUCUGCUAUCUCAAUAGCAAUUUUAUGUUUUAUUUUCCUAUGUUGCUCCCUGCAGGAUAUGUACAAAUUAGUGCUUAUAAUUAUUAAUAUUUGAGUAUCAAAGCUAAUGUUAUUAUUUAGCUUCUUAUGACUGUAGAAAAAUCAUUUAUUUGGUUGACAGAUGUAUUCCUCUCUUUUCUAGCGUUUUAUGUAAUUAUGAAUAAUGAUGAAGCAACAUUUCUAUAUGGACAGUCAUAACAUUUCAAUGCUUUUUUCUAAUUUUGAUAAUUAACUUAUUACAGUUUAUAUACCAAUGUAGUUAUUUGUUUCAAUUAUUUAGCUUUAUUUCAAUUGAUUGCAUUUACCAAGACCAUUGAAAUUAAUCAUUGAACAUGUUAUAAAAUGUAAUAAUUUGUUCCCAAUUGAGAAUGAGUACAUCCAGACCAUGAACUAUACAACAUAUGGCUUUGACACACCACUGUCUAAAGUCUCGACAGCCUGAUUUAUAAUUUCGCUAAGUAAUCCACAGUAUAGUCAGUGCCAACACUGUUACAAUGCAGCUGCUAUAGAAUGCGUCUGCUGCACAAGGUGCCCCAGAGUGUACUGUAACAAUUAGGUUUUAGUUUUGCUUCUGUAGUUUGCCCUUGGGCUUUUGUGGGUGGAAAGGAGCCGUAUGGAUACUUGCUUAUCUGCAGAUAAUGUACAUUUUGUGGCAAUCAGAACAUAAAACACUGAGUGUAAACAAUACAAUAAAAUGAUUUUUAGUUCAGCAA